CGAGCGGUCCAGAAGCAGCCGAGCCCCACAGCAGCGAACCAUGAUGCACCGCAGCCUGUUGCGAUCCGGAAGCGCCGUGACCAAGCGCAUGGCGCCGCGCCCCGUGUCGGCCGUGCGCCACUUCCGCAAGAGCGCCCCCACCAAGUACACGGAGAACAAGGAGCUCACGGGCCUGGCGGGCAUCGUCGAAGCCGACAACCACGUGCUCUCGACCAAGGUGCAGCACCUGACCAGCAUUGGCCUCAUGGCCACCGUGCCGCUGGCCUUCGUGCUGAGCCCGUCGCCGCUGGCGCUCCCCGUGGACCUGGCGCUCGGCGUGAUCCUGCCCGUGCACGCCCACAUCGGCAUGAACAACGUCAUCUCGGACUACGUGCCCAAGAGCGUACGCAUGCUCGCGCGUCUGGGCUGGCUCGGCGCCACCUCGCUCAUGUUCCUGGGCCUGCUGCGCGUCAACGUGGAGGGCCCUGGCAUCACGGAGGUGGUCAAGACUGUGUGGCGGGAGUCGCCCAACAAGAAGAAGGUCGAGGCCUAGACGCCCGGCUGCUGAUCUGAUUAAGGAGAUGGCCUUCGGGAAGAGUGUGUGAGUGUCCCGCGAUGUAGAAGCCGAGAUGAAGGCACGAGAAGAAGCCGCUUCAGAGGUGGUGCAUGGUAACUCCAAAACGAGACGCAACUAAAUACGACCUUGGUUCUCG